CUUUUUCCUCAUCUCCUCCUCCUUCCUUUCGCCUCCUCUCCUCCUCUUUUUGGCGGAGAGUGGGGUUGAGGCAGAAUAAACGUUUUUCUUGUUUUUUCUUUUUCUUUUUUAAUGUAUUUGAAUCCUACUGCGCAACCGGACCGGAUCACGUGGGAUUGUAGCGAGUUGGAUCGAUUUUGCACAGUUCAAUGUGAGAAAAAAAGAGAGUGAAACAAACAACGAUUAUUUCCUUUUUUCUUUACUUCUCUGGAUAACUGGGACUGUUUUGCAUAAUUGCAAGAGAAGGGGGUGUUUGCCUGGUUUCUUUUUUCAGCAUUGGAGGUGUGGAGUAUUAAUUCUUAUAUGCCUGGGUUUUGAAAAACAAUGGAGACGCACAUUUCGUGCCUCUUCCCGGAAAUUUUGGCCAUGAUUUUCAGCUAUCUGGAUGUGAGGGACAAAGGCAGGGUAGCCCAAGUGUGUAUCGCUUGGAGGGACGCAUCCUACCACAAGUCAGUGUGGAGGGGGGUGGAGGCCAAGCUGCACCUCCGCCGGGCCAAUCCCUCUCUGUUCCCCAGCCUCCAGGCCAGGGGCAUCCGGAGAGUCCAGAUCCUCUCUCUGCGCCGUAGCCUGAGCUAUGUGAUCCAGGGAAUGCCUAAUAUUGAGUCUCUCAACCUGUCUGGCUGCUACAAUCUCACAGAUAACGGGCUGGGUCAUGCAUUUGUGCAGGAGAUCCCAUCAUUGAGGGUUUUGAACCUGAGUCUUUGCAAGCAGAUCACAGACUCCAGUCUAGGCAGGAUAGCCCAGUAUCUAAAGAACCUGGAGGUGUUGGAGCUUGGUGGCUGCAGCAACAUCACCAAUACUGGACUCCUGUUGAUAGCCUGGGGCCUCCAUAGGCUAAAGAGUCUCAAUCUGAGAUCCUGCAGGCAUGUUUCAGAUGUGGGCAUUGGACAUUUGGCGGGCAUGACCCGCAGUGCAGCAGAGGGCUGUUUGAACCUGGAGUACCUGACUCUCCAGGACUGUCAGAAACUGACAGACCUGUCACUCAAGCACAUUUCCAAGGGGCUGACCAAGCUCCGAGUGUUGAAUCUGAGCUUCUGUGGGGGGAUCUCAGACGCAGGGAUGAUCCAUCUCUCCCACAUGGCCUCACUGUGGAGCCUCAACCUACGUUCCUGUGACAACAUCAGCGACACAGGGACCAUGCAUCUUGCCAUGGGCACCCUAAGGCUUUCUGGGCUUGAUGUUUCUUUCUGUGACAAGAUUGGGGACCAGACCCUGGCAUACAUUGCCCAGGGGUUGUACCAGCUCAAGUCUCUGUCUCUGUGUUCGUGUCACAUCUCUGACGAUGGAAUAAAUCGGAUGGUGAGGCAGAUGCAUGAGCUGAGGACCCUGAACAUUGGACAGUGUGUGCGCAUCACGGACAAAGGGUUGGAGCUCAUAGCUGACCAUCUGACCCAGCUGGCUGGCAUCGACCUGUAUGGAUGUACCAAGAUCACCAAAAGGGGACUGGAGAGGAUCACACAGCUCCCCUGCCUUAAAGUGUUGAACCUGGGACUCUGGCAGAUGACAGAGAGUGAGAAAGUGAGGUGAUUGGAAAUGUUUGUUUAAGCUGUGCUUCUCCCAUGUGACCGCAAUUUUAUGUUGAAAUGUUUUAUUUUUAGUGUUUGAUGUGACUUAAUAUUAUGCCUGGUAGGAAGCAAUUCAAACUUACUUUUGUCAUGAGCUCAUAAAAGUCCCUUUUAGCAAUUGUUUUGAUCUCAUACUGACUUUUAAUAUCUUUAAAAUUCUGACAUUGGACUGGAAUAACAUCAAUGCAAAUCAUCUUGGUUCACACAUUUUUAAAAACAAAAUCAAGUGUAAUUUUCUUCAUACUAUUAGAAUAAUCUGCUUCAUUUAUUGACACUUGCUUCCAGAAAAUUCUUGAAGUGAAACUUGAAUUCAUCCAUACUGCUAGAUUCAUUUUCAUUUACAUCAAAGUAAGGUUUUAAAACUUAAGAAUGCAACUUUUAUUUUUACAGCAAGCCUUGAUUUGAGGCAUCUGGCCAUCAUAGUCAUCACACCUAAAAACAUUUGGCUACCUCGAAUGUGGUUGAUUUCAGAGGGUGUACUGUUCAAAAAAACAGAAGGAAAGUGAGAAGGAGAGACUGGGAGAAAAUGUGCCUAAAGGGACUGUGUCUGCCCCCUCCCCCAACCCUCCAUCCCCUCCCUCCACGAGCAGAGCUGGAGAAAGGAGAUCCGGACACAAUCUAACUACCUUUGUGAAUUUACCCACAUAAACAGCAACAACUUCCCUGAGAGAGA